CAAUGGUGUAUGAGAAUGACAGAUGUGCGUGCAGCUGGACCACCUACCAGUGGGAAGUAUCGUCACUGUGGCACUGACAACACAACCUUUGACUGCUACAGAAGAUGAGGACUACCUGUCAUUAACUGCAACCCUAGAGUGGUACUACGACUCCCCCAGCGUGGUACAGUGUGUAAGUGUGCCCAUCAUCAAUGACGAGUGUGUGGAAGAGAAAGAAGAGGUGUUCAUCAUCUCUCUGUCCACGGAGCAGGCGUGUGUUCAGUUGGGGGCUAAUCUGACAACUGUCACCAUUCAAGACGAUGACGUGCUGGUACUUGACCUCAGACCAGUUGGUGUUGUUAGUGAAUCCAAUGGCACGGUGGACACCUGUAUCUAUGUUUGUGAUGGCCAACUGAAGAGAAAUUCCUCCAUCAUUGUCAGCUUCUGGAAUGGAACUGCUCAAUACCCAGCAGACUUCGCCAGGCCUCUUCUAACUGAAGAAGUGGUUCUCAGGCCAAACAACACUGGGUCAGACCUCUGUUUCUCAGUGGAGGUGGUGGAUGACCGUGUGUACGAGGAGUUAGAGUAUCUCCAGGUGGCUCUGUCUACUGAGGAUGAAUCUGUACAGUUUAAGGAAUCAUCUGUUACACUGGAUAUUGUGGACAAUGACUGUGUUAACAUUACCCUAUCCCGUGAGCUGUAUGCUGUAUCUGAGAGAGAUGGUUUUGUGGAGGUAUGCGUGAGUCUGGAGGGAGAGACGGAGGUCACAGUCGAGGCAUCUGUCUUCACCAUAGCAGGAUCUGCUCAAGCUGAAUAA